AUGAAGUCAACCAACCGUCAAUACCACAUCCAUACCGCAAACUCCAGGCCUGAUCUCUGGGAGGUCUUAGAAGAUGCCCAACACCCCCUCAGAACUUCCUGGCCCCUAUUCCUAGGCCAAGAUGCCCCCUGCAAACACUACUCCAGCAAGCUCGCCAAAUACUACGGUCUCGCAGAAUUCCAAUUUGCCAUUGUCGAGCAGGAUGCCACCACAGACAAAGAAACAAUCGUAGCCUGUGCCCGCUCCAUCCCCUUCUACUGGCCCGAACUCGACCAUGUCGGCGGCCGUGCCGGGCUAGAAACAAACCCUGAGAUCUUGCAAUCGCUCCCAAACGGCGGCUACGAUACCAUCCUCACUCGCGGCGUUCAGCAAUACCUCGCCAGAAACGGCCUCUCUCCCAGCAUUACUAUCGAUCUUGACGAGUAUGACCACGAUGAGGCACGCCCCCGAACCGAACCUCCCAAUGCCUUAUCCGCUAUUUCCAUAACUGUUCACCCGGACAGACGCUCCCUCGGACUCGCAGAGGCCCUGAUCCAAGCGAUGAAACAAAUCGCCAAAUCCAAAAACCUCGAUAUCCUAGUCGUACCUCUACGCCCGACUCGGAAAUCAGAAUACCCCUUCGUGAAGAUGGACGAAUAUAUCACUUGGCGUCAACCUGGUUCGGAUCUGGAUCUCCCGUUUGACCCAUGGCUGCGGAAACAUGUGCGUCUCGGGGCGCGAGUCAUCAAGGUAGCUUGGAAUAGUAUGAGAGUUGACGGGAAUAUGGCCGAGUGGGAACAUUGGAUGGAUGGGAGUCUCAAGCUUGGAAAAUUGGGAGUCAACUCAGACCAUGUCUAUUCAGAGGUUUCCUUUCCGGGUGGUUUGGUGCCGUUGCAAUUCUAUCCAUUACGGGAUAGAUGUGUCUAUGUGGAACCCAAUGUCUGGAUUUAUCAUGAUCUAGCUUUUUAG